GAAUUCUGUGAGAAUCCAGUAUUAUAUGCUGAUGGUACUACUAGAUUUGACAUUGGACAAGGAUCAGCUGGAACCUGCUGGUUUCUGUCUAUGGUGGCUAAUAUUUCUGAAAAAACAGCUCUUUUAAACAGGGUGAUACCAGAAGACUCCUAUAGAAUCAACACACAGCAAUAUGAUGGUAUCUUUCAUAGUAAAUUCUGGAGGUUUGGACAGUGGGAUCAUGUAUAUAUAGAUGAUUAUUUACCAGUAGUUUAUGACACUCAGUUGUGGGGUGCUAAAUCAGCAACAGAUAAAAAUGAGAUGUGGGUGUCACUGUUAGAAAAAUCAUUUGGAAAAUUAUAUGGGUCCUAUAAUUCCAUCUAUGGGGGACAACCAGGUGAUGCCUAUCUGUCUUUAACUGGUGGUGUUGUAGAGAGGAUAGAUUUUGAUGAAAAUAAAGUAUCACCUAUCAAACUAUUUAAACGUGUUAAAAAUGCUUUAAAAGGUGGUUCUUUGGUAUCUUGUGUUGUUCCUGUAAGUAUUAAAUAUGACGAAGUAAUGGGUUUAGUUGGAGGACAUGCAUAUUCUCUGAAUGGUACAGCAAUUGCUGAAACAAAAUCUGGUCAAAAAGUUCGUUUAUUGAGGGUUCGAAAUCCCUGGGGUCAUACUGAAUGGAAUGGAGCUUGGAGUGAUGGGAGUGCUGAGUGGCAACAGUUACCACCCGGUAUGGUAGAUAACCCUGUUAAAGAUGAUGGGGAAUUCUGGGUAUCAUUAGAUGACUUCCUGCAAUAUUUCUCUCAGUUGACAGUUUGUUCAUUAACACCAGAUGUAGAUUGUGAUGGCAGUAGUGAUUGCCUUAGUAAGUCUGUGGUUUAA